GUGAGUCUGAGGCAUGCUGCUGCACAUCUCUUCGCAGCGUGUUGGUCGCUACCGUAAUUGGAAAUACGGAACCCAAGUCCUGCAAGCAAGCUGAUUGCCGUUAUAGAAUGAGGAUUUUGACAACUAUUAGAAUAGUUGGCUGUAGAGUAUGGCGUUUCUAGCUGGAGUCGGCAGUUUGGCGACGCAUAAGCAGCAGUGGACAAGAACUAAGAGCGCAUGUGCUUCGUGAGCAUCAAGGGUUGUGACCUGUGGAGCUGGAGAAGGAUCCAAGGGAAUUAAAACAAUGGAUGCGCCGGUUACAGGGCCGGCGCAAAUCCCGGCCACUGUGGAGGUCAUUUGUGGCACGCUGCGCGGGACCUAUGACGUUGCCAAAACGAAAAUCCUCUAUUUGUCCCAGCAUGGGGGCAUCCGGGAGGCAACCCCAACAGAAUUUGAGCGUCUAGGCGGCCGCCAAGCAACUAAGAAAUGGAAGCAGAGUAUCCGCGUCGUGGAUUCCAACGGCCAAGCGGGCAAAUCCCUGGGCGAAUGGCUGGCAGGCACCGCCGGCACGGCGGGUGAGGGACAGCGACAUGCGCUGGCGUGGCUCUCCUUGGGCCAGCGAAACGGCGGUGGGAGCGCUGAAGGAGGAGAGGGCGGGCGCGGCAGCCAGCAGCAGCUGCAGCCGCAGCAAGACUCCGCGCAUGUUCGCGAGCUGUUCCUGCAGCAGCUGCUGGACUUCCUGAGUGGGCGGAUCGACAACCCUGGAGCGGGUCCUGGGAGCCUUCAGGCGGCCGGGGGCGAGCUGGGUCCUGUGACGAUGGGCUCGCACUCCUUUGAUCUGCGGCGGGUGUAUACGGUGGUGUCUGGCAUGGGCGGCUACACGGCCGUGCAGGCGGCGCAGAACGGCUGGGAGAAGGUGGCAGCUGCGCUAGGGCUGGAGACAGCCAAACCUAACGGUGCAUGCGCGUGCAGGUCCGUCUACGAGCACUAUCUCCUCCGGGCCGAGCGGCUGGAAAAGGCUCGGGAGGCCGCCGGCCUGCCGCCCUUUCCACCGCCGCCGUCCCGACACGAAUCCCCCGGCAGCCCAUCUGGGUCGGAACAAAGCCCACCCGCCCGCGGGGGUCACCAUGCACACCCCCUCAGCCUCCAGGUACACCACCACCAGCAGCAGCAGCACCAGCACCUGGAUCGCUAUGCGGUCUCAGAGCGACCGGCCGUCUCACAGCAACGAACACACUCCCCUGGCCCGCCACCGCCCUACGCAUCCCGCCGUGCUCCGCCGCCCAUGGCGCCCGCAGCCGCAUUGCAAUGGACGGGGUCUAGCAGGAGCGCGGGCGGUGGUUUCGGAGGCAGCGGCGGUCACGAUCGUCGCAGCCUUGAUGACAUGCGGUACUCCAGCGGCGUGUCGGGGUAUGGCGGAAGGAGUCCUUACGGAGCAGGCAACGGCGGCGGCGGCCGCAAUGCUGACCGUUACGAUCCAUUUCUCGGCGGCGACGGAAGCGGUGUGUACGAUGGACCCAGUCGUCCAAUGUACGACGCACCGCCCGGACGUGGCGGCGGCGGCGGCAGCAUGUACGACAGAGGGCCGGCCGGCCGUGGGCAUUACGACGGGCCAGGCCGUGAUGGGCCGUACGACGGUCCGGACCGCGGAAGAGGCUACGAUGGGCUGCCGCUGGUCCGCCGGGAGGGCUAUGACGUCAUGGGCGGACGUGGGGGCUACGAUGCUGGCGUCAGGCGGCAGUACGACAACGGUAAC